AUGUUUAAUGAUAACAAAGCUGGUUUACUUGCUGCAGAUAAAGAACACAUAGAAAAGAUUAUUAAGGAAAAUACGAGUGUAAAUUAUGAACAAUUCAUAAAGAAACGAAAUGCUCGAAUUCAAUCUAAAAUCGAACGCAACAAUAAAAUUUUAUCGAAAAUCACAUCGGAAGAAAUUGCGAAAGCUGAAUUCGAGAUGGAUAAUUACGUGAAUGAGUUGGAAAAAACUCGAGAUUUGACGCGUAUUUGUGUAUGCGUCGACAUGGAUGCUUUUUAUGCCGCCGUUGAAAUGAGAGAUAACCCAUCAUUACGUGACAUACCAAUGGCAGUUGGUUCUGAAUCUAUGUUGUCCACUUCCAAUUAUGUCGCACGUCAAUAUGGUGUUAGAUCAGCCAUGCCUGGUUUCAUGGCUAGAAAAAUUUGUCCACAGUUAAAAAUUGUUCCUUGUAAUUUCGACAAAUAUCGUAAAGCUAGCAAGCAGGUUCGCGAAAUAUUCAAAGAAUAUGAUAAAAAUUUUGUAAUGGGAAGUCUUGACGAAGCUUAUUUGGAUAUAACGGAAUAUGUUGCUUCUCGGAUCGAUUCUGUUGAAAGGCAACGUAAACGAUUUAUGGGAAAUUGUGUUUGUCGUUUGCCACGUGUGCCAGAAAGUGCGAUAAAUAUACAAGAUGUUCAACUUUUCGAAGAUGUUUGUUCUAAAUGCUGUAAGAAGGAAAUUACAGUUUCUGACACAGUUGUUUUUGGAACUAAUCCAGAGGAUAUUGUUCAUGAAAUGCGAUUUUUGAUAGAGCAAGCGACUGGUUUAACCUGCAGCGCAGGAAUCGCGGCAAAUUCAAUGAUUGCGAAAAUUUGUUCCGAUUUCAAAAAACCGAACGGACAAACUCGUAUAGCAAAUGAUAGAGAUGAAAUAUUAAAAUUUAUGCAAAAUUUACCUAUUCGUAAGGUAAGCGGUAUUGGCGCGGUCACUGAAGAAAUCUUGAAGGGUUGCGGUAUUCACAGUUGUGGUGAUCUGUAUAAUAAGCGCGCUUUAAUAAAGUUGUUUUGUUCAGAACAUAGUUGGGAUGGAUUACUCCGUAUAUCACUUGGCAUAUCGCAUUCUUCAUCCUCUGCUUCAGAAUUCAGUAGCCGGAGGAAAAGCAUUAGCCAGGAAAGAACCUUUGGUGCAACAAGGGAUAUUACUUGUCUUUUGGAUAUUUUGAAUUCUUUGUGUAAUGAACUAAUCGAUUCGUUUUCACAUUAUUGUUUGAAAGGUGGUCGUUCAGCUGCUUUAAAAAUAAAAUUUUCAACAUUUGACGUAAUUACUCGAUGUACCAGUGUGAAUUAUGUAAUUAACAAUGUCGAAAUUUUAUAUGCGAUUUGCGAAAGGAUGUUAAGGCAUGAGCUAAACCACGACAAAAAAGAAGUAAGGCUACUUGGUGUGCGCAUUUCAAAGCUCGUUUUCGAUAAUGACAAGGUUUGGUCGAACAAUCCACAAGGAAGCAAUGUGCCUGAUGAUAUUGCUUCGCUAAUACACGAUAUUAAUGAUAAUGAUUUGGCUGCUAAGCAGAGUUGUGGAGAAUCGGAAUACAAUAGUGAUGCUGGAAUAGAAGUGAUGUUGUACUGUCCAGUGUGUACUGAUUCAUUUCCGAAUGAUCUCUUAAGCUUCAAUCGGCAUUUAGAUGAAUGUCUUAACUGGUAA